AUGACUUACUCUGUGAGACAAAUUGGUGCUGCCAACACCUUGGACUACAAGGUGUACCUCGAGAAGGACGGAAAGCCAAUCUCUCCGUUCCACGACAUCCCCCUGUAUGCUGACGAGAGCAAGCAAAUUCUGAACAUGGUUGUUGAGGUUCCAAGAUGGACCAACGCCAAACUCGAAAUUUCCAAGGAGCAGAAGCUUAACCCAAUCAUUCAGGACACCAAGAAAGGCAAAUUGAGAUUUGUCAGAAACUGUUUCCCUCACCACGGUUACAUCCACAACUACGGCGCCUUUCCACAAACCUGGGAAGACCCUACUGUGGUCCACCCAGAAACCAGAGCCGCUGGUGACAACGAUCCUCUGGACGUUUGCGAGAUCGGCGAGGCUGUGUCGUACCCUGGUCAAGUCAAGCAGGUGAAGGUUUUGGGUGUGAUGGCUCUGCUUGACGAGGGUGAGACCGACUGGAAGGUGAUUGUCAUCGACGUCAACGACCCAUUGGCUCCUAAACUGAACGACAUCGAGGACGUCGAAAAGCACCUGCCAGGUCUGUUGAGAGCCACCAACGAGUGGUUCAGAAUCUACAAGAUCCCUGACGGAAAGCCAGAGAACCAGUUUGCUUUCUCCGGCGAGUGCAAGAACAAGAAGUACGCCGAGGAGGUCAUUGCCGAGUGCAACAACGCCUGGAAGAAGCUGAUUGCUGGCGAGAGCACUGUUAAGGACAUCGAGCUCACCAACACCACCUUGAGCAACAGUGCUACCACCGCAGACGCUGGUAUCCCUGCUGCCGAUCCUAAGCCGGCUGCUCCUGUCGACAAGUCUAUUGAUAAGUGGUUCUUCAUCUCUGGUUAG